ACAUUUCCGCAGCUCAGUUCACUCUCCGUGCUUCAGAAUCUGGCCAACUUUCUCCUCCGAUUUGGUUCUGGUGAGAAAAAGGACGACCCAGUCUCAAAACUUUCAUAGGGUGCAAUUUGGAGUGAAUUAGUGUAAACUGUCAAGCAAGGCGGCAUCAAGUAGUUAUUAUAUAGUUGAAGAACUUAAACUUUUUCUUGAUAACGAGGAAUAAAUAUUUCUACUUAUUGAGAAAAAUAGAUAUUUAUUUGUAGAUUUUUCAGAAUUUGUCAGAUCUUGUUAGAAGAUUUAUUUAAUUGCGCCAUCAAAAUGCUUCUUACAAUGUUGGAGAAAAGUCAGAAAUAAUUUUCCGAUAAUAUUUUAGAGAAUAGCGACAAUAGGAGGGAAAAACUUAUUUUUAAUUCUUAUAUAGAAGAUUAGGCUAUUUCUCAACUUAAAGGUCACGUUUUUAUGAUACGACAAAAUUCCAAGCUCCAAUUACUUCCUUCAUCCAGAUAAUAUUACUAGUUGUUAAGAGAAAUCAGUUCUUUUUCAGCCCCAUAAAUGUAGAUCUUUACCAAGGUACCAGACAAAAUAUCAGCAGAGUUAGUGACCGUGAGAAAAAGUCUGGCAGUCAAAGGGUCAUCUCAUCCAGCUCGUAAAAUAUCGCAGUAAGAAUUGAUGGUAGUAGUGAGCGAUUUACUGGUGCGAGUGAACGAUACGCAGCAGGAGCAACCAAACGAAUAAGAAAAAAAGAACAAUACAUACAUGUAAUAUUCUAGAGUAGAAGAAAGACUGGACAUAUUUCGUACGUGAUUUCACCGGAAGCGGUAAACUGGACAGUAAAGUAAACAGGAGGAUACCACACACACACCAACCACCCAUCCGAGCAGACCUAACAGUUAAUAUGAAGAACGCAAUAUGACUGCGAAUUGAGAAUCUAAUUACGAGUACGACACAGUCCUAAGGAGUCAUCCUACAAAGCCUGGAUUAAUUCAGUUAACUUCUCAUUAUCAAAUGUGCUGUUUUCUCGAACGGUUAUCUGCUGCAUCAAUUUGAGUUGAUUUCAUCCAUCCCAUGUACCUACGUUCAGUUCACUGAGGCAAAUAAAGUAACAAUGCCGCAACUGAGGAUAAAUGGAACCGAUAUUGAGGACGAGAUGACAAAGUCUUCGUCAAUGAUAAAAGUAAAUCCCCUCAGUUUGAAUGGAACAGAUUUUGGAGAAUUGACAUGUGGGAACUUUACAUCGGAUUACAACAUCACGUCGGCUGGUUCGGAUGCUGGUGGAAAUUUCAGUGCCCUGAAUUUAAGCAACCUGCUGAAUUUGAACAAAUGGAUUGGUCCUUCUCGUGGAGAAAAUAAUGACGACGACGACAUGAUCAGGAAUGGGAUUGGAUCAAAAAUUGGAACUAAUCCGACCGCAAAUAUUUAUUCUGCCACAACACAAUCCCAUUGUCCUUACAGUUGGGAUGGUGUCCUGUGUUGGCCUCCUACCAUUGUUGGGAACACGGCCAACUUACCGUGCAUGGAGAAACUGCAUGGUAUACCGUACAACACGUCAGGCAUUGCGACCAGAGUUUGUGAUUAUGAAGGGGUCUGGGGCAAGACGAAUUAUUCAAGUUGUGAACACACGCUAACAGCCCUUAACCCUACAUCUCUCGAUACCACGAUUAUGGUUUACUUUUAUGGCUAUGGGUUGUCUCUCACUGCACUUAUUUGUGCUGCCAUAAUAUUCAUCGCGUUCAAGGAACUGCGCUGUUUGCGGAACACCAUCCAUUCUCAUCUCAUCUUAACUUACAUCCUGCACGAUAUUUUGUGGGCGAGCAGUAUUGUCGCAAGUGUUUAUUCCAAAACGGGAAAACACAGCGAUCGAGCGGCAUGUGCAACGUUCAUCUUGCUUCAUUACUUCUACCUGAGCAAUUUCAGCUGGAUGUUUGUUGAAGGCCUGUACCUUUACGUCCUCGUGGUGCAGACAUUUAUGGCGGAAAGUAUCCAACUGAGGACGUAUUGCAUUGUUGGCUGGGGAAUUCCUCUCUUGGUAGUGCUUAUUUGGUGCUUCACUCGCUGGAUAAUGAUGGACGUGGGAGUGGCAGAUGGCCAAGUUGCGAUUGGAUCUCCAAUAAAUCCGUUGCGAGACUUGGAUCAAAAUAUGCUGUCUUGUCCUUGGCUGCAUGAAAAUGUCUACGAUUGGAUCCACAAAAUCUCUGCACUUCUCUGCUUGGCUGCAAAUAUGCUAUUUCUCCUUCAAAUUAUGUGGGUCCUUAUCACGAAGUUGAGAUCCGCAACAACUCCUGAAACUCAGCAGAGCAGGAAAGCAGCGAAAGCUUUGAUCGUUUUAAUGCCGCUGCUGGGCAUCACAUACGUCCUAAUUUUAAUCGGACCAAGAAAAGUACCAGAGUAUGAACAUGUCCGGGCUUUUCUGAUUUCCACACAAGGGUUUUUGGUCGCACUUUUCUACUGCUUCCUUAAUCAAGAGGUUCGUCUUGCUUUGAGGCAUCGAUGGAACAGGAUUCGCAGUUUGGGACCAGAUUGCGCUUGUUGCGGAUGCGAAACGGAGAAUGAACGGAGGACUAAUUUGCAAGCGAGAGAUUGGUCACCUCGUAGUCGAACGGAAAGCAUAAGGUUGUACACGCCAACGGGACAUACUUUCCGAAAGCGAGAAUCCUCAGCUAGCGAGACCACAACCAUGACCGCGGUGCUGGGCAGUUACAAUGGAAGCGGUGGAGGUCAAAAUAUCAUCCUCACCACGGCCCCCAGUCGUCGGUACUCUGCAACUCCGUUGCACUCAAUGAAAUCGUCAAACAUCACGAUGCAUGAGGAUACGGCUUUCAUCUAAACUUGACGCUAUACCAAUUAUGUGUGGGUCCAUAAUAUGUAUAUACAAAUGAAAUGAUGAAAUAGCCAGAUUUCCAGUCAGAUAUUUACUUUAUUUACUAAUAUUAUCUAUGAAAUGUAUACUCUCUUUGUAAUGAUGUGCUUCAAAUUAUGACAUUUUCAAAAUGGUUACCUAUUACCACCUCGAUGUUACAGAUAGAUUUAGACUGUGCUUAAUGUUGUAUGCACACAAAUGCACAUCAAUUAUUGUUCGCACCACAUUUUUAAAUACGUGUUUAUUCAAUUUACUAUAAAUUAUUGUAUUUGUGUAAAAUAUAAUAUAAUAUAAAUAACUCUAUUUAAUUGUGAUAGGCUACGUGACCCGUGUUUAUUCGUAUACUCAAGUUCUUCAUUUCAAUCAAUAAUGAUCUCUCUCCUUACUUGUUCCAUCCUACCCAGCACUUUGCCCAGUGUUCAUUACACGUUCUAUAUGACGCUGCUACAAAAGUAGUGCCACUCAAACUAAUGACCUCAAGUAAUUUGACUAGGGCACUUAUUAUGAUAUGACGCAGUCCAUGCGUACACUAAAUAUGCCACUGCUCCCAACUUGAUUCAAUUAACAAAUAAGAACACAUUUGAUCAUAGUUGUUAGUAGGGAAGGAGAAAAUCUAAUUUGCAGGGCAGGAGUCGGCAAUGAAAAUUUUGCAAAGGUGGAUGGAUACUGGUAUCAUUGACUUAACUUUAUUUGUUGCAUUAUGCUAAUUUGGACUACUUAAACUAGUGCAAAGAUAUUGUUGGGUUAAUGUCCUUAUUUUGUUGGUCAAAUGACAAGCUGUAUGUCUCACGGAGAAGAGACAUUUUAUAAUGUAGAAAUAUUUGUAGUAUUAGUGUUGCAAAUUAUUGGUAAAGUUAAUAAUUUCAAAGUAUUUGAGAAACCAGGAAGACUCAUUAAAAUUUAAUAAUCGUAAUUUUAAUUUUAACUUCAUAAUUAUUAAUUUUACAUCCAGGAGCUCCUACAGUCUCUUACAUAUGUAUGUACAUAAUUACAACCAACCUGGAUGGAAGCAGUUAAAUUACAAACUACGUAUCACAUGUGUCUAAAUUAUCUACAUAUAUAUCGUAAGUCGUGUUCAAAUUGUGUACUAUUUAUAAUAAAUCAAGAAUCUAUCCAAAUUAAUUACUCUUUUAAAUGUUUGUACCAACAUCAAUCUAUUUAUCUCUGUAUGCACUACUACAUUAAUGUUGAUAUGAGGGGAUACUAUAUCACGCUUAACGAUACGAAUUACAUUGAAAUUAUUUUGAAUCUCAUCAUCUUCGUGUACCUGUAGGUUUAUUAUGUGUUAAAUUAGCAGCACUGAUAGUCCAUAUGGUUAUACAUAUAGAAAUGUGUAUUUUAAAUGUUGUUGUAUUCUCUGUAAAUAAAUAUGAAUGUUGUCAGUAAAAAUUGUGAGUACAGAUA